UUGAACAAAUAACUAGAGAGAAAAUCACCUACAAGAGGUAAAAGCCAGGCAUGACACUGCCGACAAAGUAAAUUGAAAACGAUAGAUGCUUCGAAUAUUUUUUGUGGUAAAUUAUUUUCCUUAUUGGUGUGAAAGUAGCCAUGUAGAGAGAUUCGUUGAUUCCUGUGCACCAUGGAAUUUGAAGCUUUACUAGACGUCAAAUUUAGGCUACUCAAGCUCGAACACGCGUAAUGAUGAGGGGCCCUCCUCCAACUAAAGUCAACGCAGCGCCGGCGGUCGACGACGACGGGCACAACGCCGCCGUCCCGGGCAUUGGGAGUGGACUGCGAAAGAAGGCGUCGGGAGUCCGGUCAUGGCUUCUACUGGACUCCACAGGGCAGGCGCAGGUGGUGGAGGCCGGAAAACACGCCAUUAUGCGGCGGACGGGACUUCCUGGCCGCGAUCUUCGUAUACUGGACCCACUUCUCUCCUACCCCUCCACCGUUCUCGGCCGUGAACGAGCCAUCGUCAUCAACUUGGAACACAUCAAGGCCAUAAUCACCGCCCAAGAGGUCCUUCUCCUUAACGCCAAAGAUCCCUCCGUUGCCCCUUUUGUUGAAGAGCUUCAGCGCAGAAUCCUGCGCCACCACCAGGCUACCAAGUCCCAGGAAACUGGAAUUGGAGGCAAUAAUGUAGACUGGGGAAACCUGUAUGCUAUAGAAGAUUCACAAUCACAAAGAGCUAGCCGUUCAAACUAUCCAGGCAAGGAUGAGGAGGGCAAGGGAGAUGCAAAUCAGCAAGUUGAAGAUAACCGGGAUGGAAUCAAGCUUCUUCCCUUUGAAUUUGUUGCCCUAGAGGCCUGCCUAGAGGCCACUUGCACUUGCUUGGAUAGUGAGGCGAGGACAUUGGAGCAGGAAGCUCAUCCUGCUUUAGAUAAACUGACUUCAAAGAUUAGUACUCUGAACUUGGAGCGUGUCCGUCAAAUUAAAAGUCGCUUGGUGGCAAUAACUGGGCGCGUUCAAAAGGUAAGAGAUGAAUUAGAACACUUACUGGAUGACGAUGAGGAUAUGGCAGAGAUGUAUCUGAGUGACAAGCUUUUCGAAGUUGAGAGUUCUUCGGCUUCCUCCAUGAAUGAGCAAGAAGAUGGCAUGGAUGAUGAAGUUAUGCAGUCAGAUGUGAAUGACAGGGUUCCUGGUGAAAUCUCCAUUGAAGGCAAUGGUGCUGAUCCAGAGAUCGAUUACCCUAUGGAAAGAGUAAACACGCUUGGGCGAGAUAGCCACACAACACGCACAAGUACAACUCGCAGCGCCAUAAGCAAGCAUCUCAACGUGGAGGAACUCGAAAUGCUCCUAGAAGCCUACUUUAUUCAGAUUGACGGCACACUGAACAAACUCUCCACUCUGCGUGAGUAUGUGGACGACACGGAAGACUACAUCAACAUCAUGCUGGAUGACAAGCAGAACCAUCUUCUGCAAAUGGGGGUCAUGCUGACGGCAGCAACCCUCGUCGUAAGUGCUUUCGUGGCUGUGGCUGGGGUUUUCGGUAUGAAUAUCACUAUUGAAUUGUUCAAUCCUGAUAUAGCUGGGAUGCCGGAGUUUCUGUGGACAAUUGGGGGUGGCUCCGCGGGCUGCAUUAUCCUAUAUGUAGCUGUAAUUGCGUGGUGUAAACACAAGCGAUUACUGGACUGACUGAGUGGAACCACAACACUUGCUGUAGUACCAGUCAUUAUAUUUCACUCAAUAUGCAAAAUCGAGUUUAAAUGCUUCAUGACAAGUCUAAAAGGAUAGUUGAUGAUAUGAUGUAUGUUUGGUGUUAAUCUUGUACGCUACUCAGUUGGAUGGCCUGUGGUAUACACUUUAGUUUCUUCAUUUGCUUU